AUGUUCAAACAGAUACUAAGUAAGCUUCCCCGGAAGUCUUCUAAGAAUUCUGAAAGUCGUGAUGGAAGCCAUACAAUGUAUUCGAAUCCUCCCAACACUUCAAGAAGCAGUGAUUUCGGGACCAGUAAGUCUGGCAAUUUGGUUACAUCUUUCCCAGCCGGAAAUCCUGUUUCAGAUGUGGGGAAAAGUUAUGGCAACAAGAAUGUGAGGGGUGCAAAUUUGAAGCCCAAUGGCUUUGUGCUCUCUUCUUCUUAUGAAGCAUUGCCUGGAUUUAGAGAUGUUCCCAAUUCUGAGAAGCAGAGCUUAUUCAUUAAAAAGCUGAACUUGUGCUGUGUUGUAUUUGACUUCACUGACCCAACAAAGCAUCUGAAAGAAAAGGAGAUCAAGCGACAGACACUGUUAGAGCUGGUGGAUUAUGUGACUUCAGCAAAUGGUAAAUUUACAGAAACUGUUAUGCAAGAAAUUGCAAAAAUGGUAUCUACAAAUUUGUUUAGGUCGUUCACCCCGCAGCCACGUGAGAAUAAACUUGUAGAAGGCUUUGAUUUGGAAGAGGAUGAACCUUCAAUGGAUCCUGCAUGGCCUCACUUGCAGUUAGUGUACGAGUUUUUGUUAAGGUUUGUCGCAUCACCUGAGACCGAUGCAAAAUUAGCUAAAAGAUAUGUUGAUCACUCGUUCAUUCUCAAGUUGCUUGAUCUUUUUGACUCCGAAGAUCCUAGAGAAAGGGAGUAUUUGAAAACAAUUCUGCACCGAGUUUAUGGAAAAUUUAUGGUGCAUCGCCCAUUCAUCAGGAAGGCUAUUAACAACAUCUUUUAUCGUUUCAUCUUUGAGACGGAGAAGCAUAACGGGAUUUCUGAACUCCUAGAAAUUUUGGGCAGUAUUAUAAAUGGGUUUGCUCUACCACUGAAAGAAGAGCAUAAAUUGUUCCUUGUUCGAGCUCUAAUCCCCCUGCAUAAGCCAAAAUGCCUAGCUAUGUACCAUCAACAAUUAUCUUACUCCAUUAUACAAUUUGUAGAGAAAGAUUGCAAGCUUGCUGAUACUGUCAUAAGGGGUUUACUGAAGUACUGGCCGAUCACUAAUAGUUCAAAGGAAGUAUUGUUCCUAAGUGAGUUAGAGGAAGUUUUAGAAGCAACUCAGCCAUCUGAAUUCCAGCGCUGCAUGGUUCCCUUGUUUCGCCAGAUUGCUAAUUGUCUAAACAGUUCUCACUUUCAGGUGGCAGAGAGAGCUUUAUUUUUAUGGAACAACGAUCACAUUGAGAACUUAAUCAGACAGAAUCAUCUUGAUCCAGAGCUGUACAAGGAAUGCUUACUCCAGUUUGAGGAAGACGAGUCAAAGGAGGAAGAGGUUAAAGCACGACGCGAUACCACAUGGAGACGUUUGGAAGAAAUUGCUGCAAAGAAAGCUGCAAGCAACGAACCUGUGCUUGUUUUCGGCAAAGCACCUCCCCGCUCUAGUUGA